GUAGAACCAAGAGGGACACAUUAACACUACAUAUUGUUCUUUUCCAGAAGCAGAUCCCCAAUGCUGUAUCCUCUGGAAGCAAAAGACUACUAACCACGGUCUGAUUUUGGCAUUCUUCUGAUUCUAAACAAAAGCAAAUAAUUUCCUCAACCAUCACAAUAAGAUCCUCCUCAAAAACUUGGAGGACGUUGUGAAUUAUGAAUCGCAGCAUCUGUUGGCUUUGCAGUUUGUUCAGAGAUGGCACAAAUGGAGUCAUUUCCAAAAUAAGCCUGGAAGAAGUACUUCUGUGGUCUCAGUCUUUUGAAAAGCUAAUGGCUACUAAAUAUGGGCCAAUCAUCUACAAGUCCUACCUGAAGAAAGAAUAUAGUGACGAGAACAUGGAGUUCUGGCUGGCUUGUGAAAAGUAUAAGAAGAUUUUAUCACAGAGGAAAAGAAUUUCAGAGGCACAGAAACUUUUCAAGGAAUAUAUCGAACCCCAGGCUCCAAAAGAGAUUAAUAUUGACAGUCCAGUAAGAGAAGGUAUUACCGUGAAGAUUCAGGAACCAACUCAGUCUUGUUUUGAUGAAGCCCAGAAAAUAGUUUAUCUACAUAUGGAAAGAGACUCAUAUCCCAGGUUUCUUAGCUCAGAAAUCUACCAAAGCCUUAUAUUUACUCUUUCAGCCCAACAACAAUCACUGGUAUGUCUCAAAGAAAAAAAAUGAGAGCUUUAUUUUGAGCUUCAAAGAUCAGAUAAAAACAAGCAUGGCACAUUCAUAAUGCGCUACACUGCAAUUCCCAUCAUUCGCAGCCAGCAUGGUAACAUCUUCCCCAGUUUAGUACCCUCUGAGUUGUAGUCCAAUACAUCUGGAAGGUCUCAGUUUGGGGAAGAAUGAACUAAAUGAAAGCACUUAGAAAUUAUAAAUAUUUUGACAUAACCGUUAUUUUCCUGUUUUAACUUGGCAUGGGAAAGUUUAUAUGGAAUGGAACUAUACAUUACGCAUUUAGAAAGACCUCAGCCAAAGCUUUAGUAUUAUCUGGAUAAUGGAAUCAUCACAAUAUCAGAGGCUGAUGUGGUUGACUUAACCAAGUUCUCUUACUCAGAUCAGAACUUCUAAGACUUAGAAACUUCAUGAUCUAAUGCUUCUUUGUGGCACUUCCUGCCUUCUGCAGGCUACAGCAUCAACAGCCAGAAACUCUGUCAACAUUCAACCAGCCAUCCAGCCAUUAAGCCAUUUAACCUCCUUUAAACAAUUCAAGGACGACUGCAGCUGUUGCUCGAGUUCACCCUGCAUUGUGCAAAAGCCACACCAAGCAAGAUAAAGUAUGAGUAAAUUCACAACAAUAUAUUAAGGUUCAGCUGCAUUUAUAAUAUUAUUGUUUAAAAACUAUAUGUAUAAUACUGGUAUCACUAUGUUUUAAAAUUUACUGUUUUAUUUUGAAUAGUAUGUUCUUAAAGUUUUGUUCACACCCCCUCCCCCAAGAGAACUGUAGUUAUUGGUUGGUUUAGAAAUAUAUCAAAUUAAAAUGUGUCAAAACUUAAUUAUGUAAUUGUAAUUAAACCCUAAUUGUUUCAAAGCAGACAAGCAGACACUGAACACAAACACACUGAAUGUUAACAGUGAAGCAAAUACAGAUAUAAGUGAAUAAGUGAAUAUAUGAAGUCUGUGAAUGUAAAUGA